AUGAAUGGCAUUAGCAGCGCUAUUGAGAAAGAAGUAAUUUACUACCAAAUACUGGAAGAGGAGAAGGAGUGUUUCCACGAUAUUUUACUUAACGAUAUAUGGGAUACCUGUGAAGAUACCGAAAAUGAAGGAAGUGAAAAUAACUACCAAAUAGAUGCGAAUAAUUUCAUCUUUUCAAAUAUACCCAAUAACAUAUUUGAAAAUUACGAAGAGGAUGAAACAUACAAUAAAGUGGUUAACUUACUGAACAAUACAGAAACGAAUAAUGUAGAUAAAAAAAUUGAAGAGAAUGAUAACUUUAUUAGUGGUAUAACAAGUAUAGAUAUAAAAAAUUAUAUGACCUUUGAUCCAAUGUUCAUUAAAAUUUAUCAUGAAAGGAGGAAUAUAGUAAGUGGUACAGCACAUAACACAGCAAAUAGUAACUCCUAUAAUGUAAAAGAAAAUUUUUCCAAUGAAGAGGAACAGAAUGAACAACUAACAAAUCAGAGAAAAUUAAAUAACGAAAUAGUAGCACCUGACGAAAGUGACGAUGAAAUAUACACUCCAAAAGCGCUCAAGUUGAAAAAGAAAAAAAAAAGUUAUCUGUCUGACGAUACGGAGAAUAUAACCAGUAUCUCAACGAAGAAAAUUAUACAGAAAAAAGGAGAGUAUUCAUCUGAUGAUAGGGAGUUGCAGGAGGGGGAAAAAAAGAAAAAGAAGAAGAAGGGCAACUAUUAUGGAGGUGCUUAUCACAAUACUGAUGAAGAUAAAGAUGAUGAUGGUUCGGAUGACCUCCCUAGCACCAAUGUGUCAAAGAAGAAGGGUGCCUUCUCAAACGCAUUGGACGUUUUGGUUAAGAGAAAAAACGAAAAGAAUGAAGAGGCAAUAAAAGCAUUCAACUAUAUCAAUUUAAAAAAAAGGAAUAGAAAUAAUGUGUUAAAGAGUGGAAAUAGUAACAACAAUGAUGGUAAUAAUAAUAAUGAGAACUCGAAGAGUGCAAGUCGAAAUGACAAGAGAGAUGAAAAAAGAAAAAAUUGUAGAAAAAAUAUGGAUGAUUCAAAGGAUAUGGGUGAAGAAGUGCCUGAACAAUAUAUGCAUCUAAUUGAACAGGGGUUGGAUGUAAAUGUGGUUAGAUAUGCUUUGAGUAUGAAAAUAAAUUCAAAUGAACAAGUAAAAGAAACAGAUAUAAUUGGUUUACACGAUAUAAAAAAAAUUAUAAAAGAUAAAAUUGUGAAUGUUAUAUUAAGACCAGAUUUAUUUACUGGUUUAAAUAGAGCAGCUAAAGGAAUUUUAUUAUUUGGUCCACCAGGGACAGGUAAAACAAUGAUAGCAAAAUGGGUAGCUUCUUCAUGUAAAUGCUCUUUUUAUAAUGUAAAUACAUCUUCUCUAUUUAGUAAAUAUAUUGGUGAAACUGAGAAAAUUGUUACUAGUUUAUUUAAAUGUGCAGAAGUGGAUAAUCCUUCAAUUUUAUUUUUUGAUGAAAUUGAUUCUUUCCUUGGUAUGAGGAAAAAAGAUGAAGAUGAUACAACUAUAAGAAUUAAAAAUCAAUUAUUACAAAUGAUAGAUGGUAUUAAUACAAAAAAAGAUGUUAUGAUUGUUAUUAUUGGAGCAACUAAUAGACCUGAUAUGAUAGAUGAUGCAGCUUUGAGACGAUUCAAUAAAAGAGUAUAUAUACCUCUUCCAGAUUUACAAGCAAGAAAGGAUCAAAUACGUUAUAUUUUAUCAAAACAUACACAUUCAGGAUUUAAACUUACUGAACAAGAAUUAGACAAUAUUUCUCAUAAACUAGUAAAUUGGAAUGGUAGUGAUAUUUAUCAUUUAUGUUCAAAGUGCUAUGAAUAUGUUUAUGAUGAUGCUGUAGAAAAAUAUAAUGGUAUACAGAACAUACCCAACACUUCUAUAUUCAGAGCUAUUAAAUAUGACGACUUUAUUAAAGCACUCAAACAGGUUAACACCUCUUAUAAAAAUGUAUUCGAUUACGACGAAUGGAGUAAAAUGCACAGUUCGCUGUAG